AUGGCCGUUCAGCCAGAAGAGCUCUGCAAAGUGCUGGAGGGGACGUACAGCCCAAAUGCCGAAGUCCGCGGGCAAGCAGAGGCUUUCCUUAAAUCAAUCUCCCCGACGGAGGGGCUGCUGAGCGCCUUGGUGCAGAUCCUCAGACACGACCAGGUGGAUCUGCCAGUUCGCACUGCGGCCUCGGUGACGCUAAAGAACGAAGUUCGACAGCACUGGGAAUCGCGCUCGGCAGAUGGAGAUGAAGGGGUUUCCUCUUCAGGGGCGUCCGCCUCUCAGGCUGGUAGCACGGGAGUGUACGGCGAGGAGGAGAAGCAGAUCCUUCGACAGAGUUUGUAUCCCAUGGUUAAGGAGCUUGGUGGGCAGGCCGCCCCCGUCAGACUCCAACUGAUUGAAUGCAUUCGGAUCAUUGCGCUGCAGGAUUACCCAGAAAGGUGGCCUACGAUCCUGGACGAGGUUUGCGCGGACUUAGGUCCUUCAAAUGACGCAUGCCUUCCUGCGUCCCUUUUGGCAAAUUUGUCUACCGAGGAGCGCAGUCAGCUGCCCGUCUACAAGGCGAAGAAAUGGGCUCUACAGAUCGUUCAACGCGUGUUUACGCGCUUUGGAGAUCCAAAAAUGCUAAAGAGGGAAAGGUCGGGACCAGUGAAAGAAGGGCAUGAAGUUGCCAAGGCGUUUGGAACACAUUUCAUCGACACCUGGUCGCGGCGGCUUACGGAGGAGCUGCUGGUGAUACUGCAGCACCAUGCACAGCAGCAGCAGCUGGAGGCUUGGAUGUCUCCUCGGAUGCUGAAUCUCGCAUUACAGUAUCUUUCACGUGCUGUCGAGUGCGCGGCUCUGUAUACCCCAGUCAUUAAACCUCACGGGGUCUUCCUUGUCUUCCAGGUCUGCCUUCCUCUUAUGCAUUAUUCCCAGGACGACGCAGAAACCUGGGAGACAGAGCCAGUAGAAUUCAUCAGGAGGCAAAGCGACCCCCUUGAGGCCUUUUCUCAACCUCGUGAAGCCGCAAUCGAAUUUAUAAAAAGUUUGGUUCGGUAUCGCUCCAAGGACUUCCUGGAGCCAAUGUACAUGGCGGUGCACAGGGUAUGUGCUGAAUACCAGCAGGCUGUGCAGUCUAGAUCUCUCACAGAAGACAUGUUUAGGGCAAAGGAUGGAGCACUGAUGUUGGCUGGAGCCGUGUGCGAUCGAUUGACCUCCAAAAAGCGACAAGCCCCGAUCGAGGGGAUGCUGUCUAGCUUCGUCUUGCCUGACUUGGGUUCUCCGAAUAAGUUUCUGCGCAUGAGGGCGUGCUGGGUAUAUGAGGUGUUUCUAGAGAGGGUCAACACCUGGCACGAGCCGGCGGCAGUUGUGGAAGCGUAUAACCGGAUGCUUGCACUCUUGGGUGACCCCGAGCUGCCUGUAAGAGUGCAGGCAGGUGUGUCUAUAAAGGCGUUUUUUGAUUUGGAUCUGCCGGAGCUGCAACAGGUCAUCGUGCCCAAUUUGAAGUGGCUAGCUGAGCGGCUGUUUGUUCUCAUGCAAGAUAUCGAUCACGACCAACUGGUUACCACGCUAGAACAGCUUGUGGCCUCCAAUGAGCAACACAUUGCACCGCUAGCUAAAGACCUCACUGCAGCGCUAGCUACCGCGCUACUUGCCAUGUUGAACAGAGAGGGUGCAGCACAACGGAACAAAGACGAGGACGCAGAAGACGAUGCCGCCUUCGCGUCCAUCGCCGUCAUGAGUACUCUCAAGACGGUGUUGGGUGCAGUGACUGAGACCCCGCACGUCUAUUCUGAGAUUCUUCCGGAUCUCUUGCCAGCUCUCGGUGUGUUGGUGUCCCCCGAUGCCGUGGAUCACUUCGAGGACACGCUGGAGAUUCUUUCUUACUUCACCUUUUACCUGCCUGCUCCGUUCCCACCAAGUGUAUGGGCGUUCUUCGGUGCCCUCUAUCAAGCAGUCUGCGGGGGCUCAACUGCAAGUCGGCCGCUGCCUGAGGGCAUGGAAAGUGGCUGGGCCACUGAUCACUUAGAGCAAAUGAUGCCCGUUCUCGUGAAUUUUAUCUCAAGAGACCCUGACACUUUUGCAACAGGCAUGACAGAGAAGGCGCAGCAAGAGGCUGAGGCCGUGGAUAAAGCCACCAAGCGCGCCUUUAUUCUAUUUAUUUCCUCCCUUCUGGUCUAUGCCCUGGAGCCGUCCAUUCAGCUCAUGCAACAAAAACAAAUUCUGGAGCCGAUUCUCUCAUUUGUAUUCGAGAACGCCGGUAUUGUCGAGGCGUAUGAACAGCGCAAGACGUUCGUGCUGGGUUUCGCACCUCUUUUGCGCUCAGUCGCGUCUGCGCCUGCUCAGUGGCCUCAGUGGUUGAUGCAGAAUGUCGAGGCUCUAGUGCCUAUAUUAGCGUCUCACGGAAUCGCCUUACGAGGUUUGAGGGAUAAGGCAGAGGAUGGAGCGGCAGACAGCGACAUUGGGUCGGAUAAUGACAGUGAACAGAGUUUAGACGACACACAAGAUGCACAGCUGCACGCAGCAACGGAAUCUAUUUUACAAAAGCUUGAAGCGGAGUGGGAUGAUGAAGACGACGAAGACUGGGACGCUGAUCUUGAUGGUGACGAUGCUGGUUUGAGAUUCGAACCGUUAGAGUCGAUAGACGAACUGAAAGUCUUGAGAGAAGCCCUUGCACUGUUGCCGCCGGAAGCCGCGCAAAAAGUGCAAACUGCACUUGGCCCCGAGGGGCUAGAAAAACUCGUAAGCUCAAAAAAAGGGGACGCCUUCAUAGGUGCGGCUGCUGAAGUUCUUGUCCGUGAGUGCUGUUUAUCGCGGGGGGUGACCUUUUUACAAGCGCUCUUAUCGAGUUGUCCAGUCUUUCCCUGUGCGUCUUUUUUGCAUCAGAAUGCCGCUUUGACGGAUCCUCCCCCUCUCCAACCUUCUCAGUAA